AUGGGCAACGGCCAAGGAAAGCCCGUUGACCUCAGCGGUGAAGUCAACCUCAAUCAUUUUCGUUUGUUGAGAGUCGUCGGUCGUGGUGCGUUCGGAAAGGUUCGCAUCGUCGAACGUAAAGAUACGAGCUUGUCCUUUGCUCUCAAAUACAUCCGCAAGGAUGAAGUCGUCAAGUCCGAGAGCGUGCGCAACAUCAUCCGCGAACGGCGGAUGCUCGAGCAUGUCAACCACCCAUUCAUUUGCAACUUGCGAUACAGCUUCCAGGACAUCGAGUACAUGUACCUCGUCGUCGAUCUCAUGAGCGGCGGCGAUCUACGAUUUCACAUUUCCCGAAAGACCUUUACCGAAGAAGCUGUCCGCUUCUGGAUUGCCGAGCUGGGCUGCGCAUUGAGAUACAUCCACGGCCAGGGUAUCAUCCACAGAGAUGUGAAGCCCGACAACGUGCUCCUCGAUUCCGAUGGCCAUGUUCACUUGACCGACUUCAACGUUGCCUCCGAUGUGAUUACCGGCAGGAUUCUGACGAGCAAGUCAGGCACCCUCGCUUACCUGUCGCCAGAGGUUUACUCUGGCAAGGGCUACGACAUCCGCGCAGACUGGUGGUCGCUAGGUGUUCUGUUCUACGAGUGCAUCUAUAACAAGCGUCCAUUCGACGGGAGCAAUGAAGCUACGCUCAGCCAACAAAUACAAAAGACGGCGCCCAAAUAUCCCGUCACCCAGCCGCCGGUGUCUCUGCCUUGUCUCUACGCCAUCCGCGCCGCCAUGGACCCCAGUCCCCAGACACGCCUUGGCAGCACGUGGGAGAGCUUCAUCUACCACGACUUCUUCAAGUCGAUCGAUUUUGAUCUGCUUGAGCAAAAGCGCAUCGAGCCCAUCUUUGUUCCUUCCUCCGACAAGACCAACUUCGAUGCUACGUACGACUUGGAGGAGCUUCUACUCGAAGAGGCCCCCCUCGAGGCUCGUGCAAGGAGGCAAAAGCCUCGAGAGCCAUUAAAGGAGGAUGCAACAGACCAGGAGAUCAGAGAGGAUGAGCUCUACCGCAUGAUUGAAAGGGAUUUCCAGUCGUUCGACUACACCGUGGCCGCCUACAUGAAGUAUUAUAGCCCAAACCCCAUGCGACGCAUUUGUGUGCUGAUCGUUUCAUGCAGGAUGACCGAGGCAAAUCAGGAGCUGAAUUACGACAACCAAGCAGGAGCCCCCAGCGGUGGACCCCAUGCUCUCACGACAGGCGCCGCGACACCUGGUUCGGUCAGAGCCGACGGUCGGCUCGUCAGCCAGCCGCUGGCUUCCGGACAAGUGUCCAGCUCCGAGAACAGGCAAGCCCAACCAUCGAGAAAAGCGCCGCCGCCGCCUCUGCAGUACCAGAGCGGCUAUGUUUCAAAACCUUUGCCACCAACUAGCAGUCGUGUAGCGAGCCCGACAGGCGGCGUGCAGGUAACCCUGGAUGGCGGCGGCAGUUGGUCUGAGCUCGCUCGUCAAGACAGCACACUCCCGACCGACGCCAACUCGGCUGCCAACCCCAAGAACGAAAGCUCCGGCGGCGUCUUUGGCUUCCUCAAGGGAAAGAGAGGUCGGAACAACAGUCCGAAGCCGCGGGAGCGGGGUGUGCUCGGCAAAGAAGGCGCGCGAGUUGUCAUUAGCUAG